GUAUGGGCAACCCCGAUGGAUGGGCAACCCCAAUUCGAUACAACUCUAUACUUUACUCCCAAUAUAAAAAAUAGCAUUAGGAUUUGUGUGAUAAACAAAAACAACAAAACUUAAGCAAUAUUUUAUAAAAUCAAAUAUAUAAUGGAACGCAAUAAUGGACGCUAUCCCUAUAUACGCCGUCAGGGCAGCGGCAAUGGACCACACAGCCAUCAUCAUCAUAAUUCGAAUUCAUCGACAGCGUCGUCUUCGACAUCAUCAUCUUCAUCUUCGGCAUCUGUAACAAACGCAUCGCAUAAUACACAAUACUCCAAUAAUAGCAUUAACAAUGCAACAACAAACACCAAUGCGUUAUAUGCAGCAGCUGUGUCGCAGCAACAACAACAACAACAACAACAGCAGCAGCAGCAAAGUGUGCCCAUAUCACAACAUGAUGAAUUAAUACGAUACAUUCGCGAGGCAUGGAAUAAAGUAAGCGAACAGGGAACUCCAGUUAUAUACUGCAAUGAAUCUGAUAAUCAAUUGAAAAAUUUCAAACCAUUCAAUCUGGAGGAGUAUUGGGGCCAGCGUCUGGUUCAGAACAUACAUGUAACUACUACACAUCAGUAGGAAAAUACGUUACACACAAUAAACAAUAACAAAAUAAUUAUUGACAAAGGCGCAUGAUACCGUUAGCACAUAUAAUAAGUAAAAUGUAAAAUGCUAUAUAAACCGCAAAGAUUUGACAACAAUUAUAAAAAAAAAAAACAUAAUUUGCUGUUUUCAGGAUGCUGUUUUUACAUUUAUUGUCGAAAUUUUGGACUUUUUAACAUAAGAUUAAUUACAUUUUCUUUUAUACAAUUUGAUUAAAUAUGAUUUUAUUUAUUAUUCACUAUUAUUCAAAUUUAUUACAAACACUGCCAGCUGAGAGGCAAGCAAAUUUAUUAAUAUUCAAAUUGUUAUUUUUAAAUGGCAUCCUGUUCACAAAAAUUUAAACAAUUCUUACGUGUUCACAAAUCUACGACCAUUUUAAAAUUGCGUUAUUCCCGAUUUGUAAUAGGCAAACAAACCUCAAUUCCAUACAAUUCGCAAAUAGCGAAAUACAAUAUUAAUAAACAAUGUAAUUCAA